AUGAAGGGAGGAAUCCUAGAAGUGCUUCUUGUCAAUGCUGAGGGCAUCAAACACACAAAUCUCAUUGGAAAACCAAGAUACUAUGUCAUACUACAAUGUGGUGACCAGACGCAUAAGAGUAAAACAUCAGUAGGUAAAAAUGAAAAAUCAUUCUGGAAUGAGAAAUUCAAAUUCAAAUUCUCAUUUUUGGAAUGGCGAAAGCUGUCUUACCUUAAGUUAAGAAUCAUGGAUAAAGAAAUUUUCAGUGAGGGUGGUUUUGUUGGUGAAACCUUAGUUCAUCUUGGAGGGAUACUAACUGAAGGAAAUGACAAGGGAUUCAUAGAAGUGCAACCAAGUUUAUAUAAUGUUGUGCUUGAAGAUGAUACUUACAAAGGAGAAAUCAAAAUUGGCUUUAAAUUCACAGCAAAUGUAGAAGUGCAAAAGAAAACAAGAGUAUGUACUGAGCUGAACAAGCAAAAACCAGAGUCAAUAUAUGGAACACUCUUCAGUUUUUGGAGAAUUCCUUGGUUGAAAUUUUUCUUUCCCUAUAAGAAAACAUCUUCUAUGGAUGACCAGAAACUGUUUUAG